GUCAUCUUCGAGCUCCUCCCAGCCGCUACUUGAAAUGUUUCUGAAAAUGUUGCGACAGCGAAUAACAUCCGAAAGUACAUGAUUGACGCGCAAGUGAAAGGAUCAGGGUCCUGGCUGGAUUUGGUGCAAUGGAUGAGUUUCGUCCAUUGUUGCCUCGGCACCAAGAGAUCGUCGGGGAUCGUUCUCCAAACCUGAGGCCUAGGCAUGAGGAGCUGAUACCCACGCCAUGUGGACCAAUAAAGCAGUGGUCGGAGCUCCAGUUCUUAGUGAAGGUCUACUUCUGCUUCACUCUCCUGUCCAUGCUGGUGCUCCUCAUCCUCGCUAUAGUCAACAUCGCAACAGAGAGUUGGAAAAAAGGCGAAGAUGAUGACCUCUCAGUCUCUCUCAUCCAGCUUGUGGGCAUCCUGUUCUGUGUGUACUACAUCCUCCGAGGUGUGCUGCAAGAAAACAGGCAGGAACUGAUCAUUUUUGUGAUAUGUGUGGCUUUGGUCAUGGUGCGCUCAAUCGUCAAUUUCAGCGUCCUCAAAGAGAAAGAAAAGCUGCUAACGGUGCGUUUUGUGUCCAUCAUUUGCGUGGGGACGGUGCAUCUGAUCUGUGCCGGGCUGCUCAUCCGAAGGCCCAACACGAUGGCCUUCAGAGUGAGCGGAGCUUUGGAAAGCCUGCAGGAACAGUACUUUCUGCUCAAUCUCUGCUUCUCAAUGGUGACUUUUGAUCUUCAGGCGCAGCUGUGCUUAUGCAUCCUGAUCCUGACAUCAGGCCCCUCAGUGUCCACCACUCACACCAUCAUUCUGGGAAUUGGUGUCGGCUGGGCAAUAAUCACUUUUGUGACUGGAGCCAUUUCUGUUUUAAAAGAAGUGAAGCCACUCGUCUGGAUUUUUGUCCUCCAGAACUUACCUGAGCUGGCUUAUUUCAUUUACUUGCUAUACACGAUCAUUUCUGAGUGGGGCCAGAGUGAAACAUACAUACUGGAGGCUGCGUCUAUAACGGGCUGUGUGAUCUCAGUGUUCAUCAAAUGUGUGCUGUUCUGGGGUUUGUUCCGUCUGUACCGCUGCUUCGGCCAGGGUCUGCGGGAGAGAAUGUUUGCUACAAACGUGCACUAAGGAUCAGUGUGAAGAAGACCAGCAUGAAAAACUCUGCACAGCUGACCAACACGUCACAUAAGCAGCUUCAUCAACUGGAAGAAGAUGCCUGUCAAUCAAUUUAUAUAAAGAUCUACAGUGAACCAACACUGCCAUUUAACUUACUUCAGAGUCUCAUAAAUCCAGCUCUUGCUCUAAACUCCUUAAAAGAAUACAAAUACCCAGAGGGUUUCAAAGGAUAAGUUUUUGUUUGUUUGUUUGUUUGUUUUUUAUAUUUGGACAUUGAAAUGCCAAGUUAAUCAUGUCGUGAGUGGACAGUUUGUUAGUUCAUUUUUACGUUUGUUUUUUUUAUAUGCUUUAAAACAUAGGCUUUGUAAAUAUUUUAAUUAUUUUAUUCAUUCACUUCUAUUGUUUACAAUAUUUCCUUUAAAUGUCAUUUUAAGUUUGGAUACAUACAGUGGUGUUUAAGUCUGUGAACCCUUUAGAAUUUUCUAUA